AUGCGUUCUGUACAGGUGAAACUUGCGGCGGAGUUGGUGGCGGAGCUGAAGGUGGAGUUGGUGGCCUUGUGUUGUUCGGAGCAGUUUGCCAAGCCAUUGUGGAGCCGAAAUCAAUUUAGGGCUUUGAUACCAUUUGAGGAAAAAGGAGUAAGAAAUAAAGGAAAGCGUCGCCAAAGUUACGCCGCAACGGUUGUGAUGCCGGAUGACGGAGACAGGAAUACGAUCAGAGGAGCAGAGGCUUCUUCAAAUCAAAGUCCGGUGAGUCAAGUUCCGAUCAACACUAGCCGGAGAAUGGACAAGGUAGACGAUACGUUGUACCUCCAUGUCACUGAAAAUCCGAAUGUGAUCCUCGUGUCUCCGCCCCUGUCAGAGUUAAACUACGCGUCCUGGAAUCGAUCAAUGAGGAUUGCAUUAGGAGUCAAGAAUAAGCUCGGUUUCAUCGAUGAGAGCAUUCCAAAUCCAGGAGAAUCUGAUCCUAAAUAUCCUCAGUGGAAGAGAUGCAACGGUAUUAGAUAUUCUCAGACUGAUCCUCACAAAAUUGCAGAAUUGCAGAAUGAAAUCUUCAAAAACACACAAGGCACCAUGACAGUUAGUGAGUAUUUUACUAAAAGCAAUGCCUUAUGGGAACAAUUGAAGAUCAUGAGGCCGAUCCCCAGGUGCUUAAAUGAAGAAUUUGAGACAGUUAAAGCUGGAAUCCUUGUCAUGGAUCCCCUUCCCACUAUGGAGAAAACUCUCAAUAUGACUCUAAAACUAGAAAGAAAGAUCAGGAGUGUAAGCAAUCAGAGGAACAGUGAGAUAGCUCAUUCCAAUGCCAUUCAGGCCAAUACUCAACUUGCAGAUGAUCAAAGUCUUGUAGCAGCUUCCACUUCCUACAAUAACAAGAAGAAGUUUAACAAUGGAGGGAAGAAUGUUCCCAAAUGCACUUAUUGUGGCAUGACUGGUCACACUAUAGAGAAAUGCUAUAAAAAGCAUGGUUAUCCUACAGGAAGUCAAGCCUCAACCAAUGCUGCUAUCACUGUGAGCACCUCUAGACUCAGAUCUAGCUUCAAAGAAAACAUGGAGACACAUAAUGAAGGCAGGUUUCUUCUUACUCCUCAUAUAAAUGCCAUCUUGGAUUCACACAUUAACUGGAUAUUAGAUUCAGGAGCUACUGAUCAUAUUGCUUGCUUUAUAGAAUACUUUGAUGAUUAUCAUAAGGUUCAUGGGGUUUCUGUCCAAUUGCCAAAUGGGGAAACAGUGAGUGUCACACAUAUAGGGCAAGUCAGACUCCAUGCAGACAUAAUGUUACAUAAUGUGUUGUGUAUACCAUCCUUUGCUUUCAACAUUAUCUCUGUGAGCAAAUUGACUAAGCAAUCAGAUUGUGAAGUUGUCAUGGCAGCUAAUACUUGCACUAUUCAGGGGCAUCUUGGGAUGAUGCCUCAUAAUUUUGUGUGUGAUGCUUGUCACUUUGCUAAACAUAAAAGGUCCACUUUCCCUGUUAGCUUAACUAGGGCUGCAAAGUGUUUUGAUUUGGUGCAUAUGGAUGUUUGGGGGCCUUUUGCUACUGCAUCUCUUAAAGGGGAGCACUAUUUUCUGACUAUAGUUGAUGAUCACACUAGGGAUUGUGCAUCAGAAAUAUUGUGUCCACACACCACGAAGAAUGAGAUAGCAGAGAGGAAACACCAACAUAUAUUGAAUGUAGCAAGAGCUUUAAGGUUUCAGUCAGGAUUGCCUAUAAAUCUUUGGGGUCAUUGUGUCCUUCAUGCCUCCUUCUUGAUUAAUAGAUUGCCUACCACAGCUCUUGAUGGAAAAAUACCAUUUGAGGUGAUGUUUGGGAAGCCUGUAGACUACAAUCAGUUGAGAACCUUUGGUUGCUUGUGUUUUGGAGCCACCAUUAAGCAGGGAAGGAAUAAGUUGCAACCAAGGGCUAAGAAGUGUGUCUUUAUUGGGUUUCCAGCAAAUGUGAAGGGAUAUAUAUUGUAUGACAUGACUGAUAAAUCCAUUUUUAUAUCUAGGGAUGUUCAUUUUCAUGAGCAGACAUACCCCUUCAAAAUAUUGAAUCCAGAAGGGCCUGGUAUUGAUACAGCUACAAGGUUCAAUCCCCCUUUGCCUCUGGUCCCUAUCACAGCAGAUGUUCCAGCCUCUACCCCAACACACACACUGACUGAAGUUGUAGUUGGGAAUGAAAAUAAUGGAAGCAUUAGUAUUGGGAACAAUGACAAUUUUGAGAUUGAGAUCAACUGUGAGUCAGAAAGUAUGGCACAUGAUAACACCAAUAAUUCAUAA